UGGGGCGUGCUCCUGCCCGAUAACACCCGGCUCGGCACGGCACCCGCGGGGCAGGACAGGACCCUGGCUCCAGGGCAGAGGCCCCGAGGGGACAAGGCCACGAUGCCCAGGAGGGCACGGCCGCGCCCGGGCGAGAGCUACGAGGAGAGGAGCGAGCGGCGGCAGGAGGCGCGGGAGCGGCUGCGCUGCAGGGACGGCGGCAGCUCCUGCCGCCCCCCGCGCCGGCCGGCCGCCAGCCCCCGCCAGAGCGAGUUCCUCAGGAGGAGGAACCUGGCGGCCGAGGCCGGGGAGAGCCUGCCGGGACGCGAGCCCGAGGCACCAACCCCGCCGGACCCCUCCUCACGGCUGGAGCCCAGACCGAGCAUCCCGCUCCAGCACCCGAGGAGCUGCCCCACCUUCCCCCCUGCUCAGUCCCUGCUGAGCCUCAGCAUCCCCCGGGGACCAGGGGACUCUGUCCGCACCCAAGGAACGCAGACCCUCCCAAGGCCAAGCUCAGGAGUGACAGACUCGAGCCAGCAGACAGACUGGGGAAUAGCAGUUUUAAAUAAGGAAAUGGUGCAGCUCUCCAACUACCUGAAGGAGGCCCUGCACCGCGAGCUGCUGCUCAAGCAGAAGAUGGUGAUUUUACAGGAGCUUCUGUCCACGCUGCUCCAGGCCUCAGAGAAAUCCUGGCAGGGUCAGCUGAACGAGGACAAACUGAGGUGUAAACUACGGGUGCUGGAAAAUCAGCUUCAGGCCUGCACCCAGAGUUACUCAAAGGAGUGUGUGAAGAAGAUCCUGAUAGAGAUGGAGGACCAGAAGCAGACCUAUGAGCAGAAGGCAAAAGAGGCUCUCCAGAAGAUGCUGGAGGACAAACUUCUAACAGAGCAGCAGCUGCAGAACUCUCAGAGAAGCCUGGCAGAGAUGCGAGAGGACCUCGCCCUCUGGAAGGAGCACAACGCCACACUCAAAGCCGAACUGACCGGUGUGACCACAGCACACAGCGAGCUCAAAAACAGCUUCCAGGCUUUACAGAGUGAGCUCCAGCGAGCGGACGCGCAGAGCGAGCGGCUGAGCCGGGAGCUGCGGGCGCUGCGGGACGAGCGCACGGAGCUGCUGCAGCGAGCCAGCGCCCUGCGCAGCGACAACGACCGCCAGGCCGGCCACAUCCGCCACAUCCAAGAUAAAUUGCAAAAAGAACAAGAGCAGAAAGUAACACUGGAGGCAACAAUCAGCCAUUUGCAGAACUUGAUCCACAACCAGAACAACCAACAGAAGAGCCAGGAGGUGACGGUGCAAAGGAAAGACCAGGUUUUCACCACACAGACCCCAUCUCUCAUUCCUGCCAAGGAAAAACAAAGUGCUCUGUCAGAGCACCCCGAGGAGGAGGAGGAGGAGGAGGAGGGAACAGAAAGUCUGAAGGAUGAGAUGCAGAAAAGGACAUUCCAGCUCACAGCAAAGGAGAACGAGGUGCCCGAGGGUGCUCGGGCAGAGCCGCGCCGUGCCCGGCUGCGGGCGAAGCGCUGCAGCGGCUGCAGCGGCCCGGCCGCUCCGGGUGUGCGCAGAGCCCAGGGCACCCCUCCUGCUGAGAGCCCCUCGCUGUGCUUGCAGUGCUCGGAGCUGCGCUCGGAGCUGGAGGCGCUGAGCCAGGAGUACCAGUCCUGCCUGACGCGGCUGCGCCAGUGCCGCGACGAGCUCAACCGCUCCCACGGCAGCCAGGCACAGAGACAGCGCGGUCCCUGGAUCCCUCUCCUGGUGGCAGUGGCAGCAGUGGCCAUCGCCGCCUUCCUGGCCAGUUACAGGCUGUGAAGGAGCUCCUUGAUGACUGACUUCACUGCAGGAACUGACCUCUGCUUCACCAAAAGCAACCCGACCUCGCCUCACCUCCUGCUGUUUUCUGUGUGCACACUGGGUUCGUAUCCCGAGCUGGUCUCAGUCCAGCCAGCUCCCGUGAACACGGGGACAUCACCCCUUCCCUCAGCUGCUCUGGUCACUCUGCUCCUGCCCAGUCCCCGAGGCACCGAGGGACAGAGUCCCCUCUGCCC